AUGGAAAGAGGAAAUGACAGCGGAAGCGUACAACUGGACAACUUGGAAAAAUGCAACAAGUCAUUUCUAGAGAAAAUUGGAUCAUUUAUACGUCAAAUGUCCUAUCGAAGCAAUAUGCAAUUCACAGUCUGUAAAAAUUCCAAUUGUCAAAAUAGGUCGAUCGAUAGCGUUGGUGGAUAUUGUAGUCCAAUGUGUCAAGCGAAAGAUUACACCCAACUGCUUCCCAGUUUUAGCGACGCGGGUUAUUUUGCUGGCAAUGGCAAUAGACAAGAACCACUCACUAAUGGUCGUUGUCCACCGCAGCAAGGACCAAUUCCAUGUAAUGUUACACGACCGCAAAGAAACAAUUUCGUAGAGCUAUUUCAAGAUAAUUAUAUUCCGCCGAUCUCAUCGAUAUUUUCGAUAAAUAGCAUGUUGCCAAAGGUCUAUGAUGGAAACGUAUCUUCGCGUCCGACAUCAGUGUUUCGACCGCAAGGAAUGAAGUCACAAACACAGUAUAUUAAUGAUGACGAUGACAUACAAAUAUCCUGUCAAUUUUGUUUUAAUUUUACAAGUCCAAACAAGAAUAAUUGUGAUUCAUGUGGUGCAAUAUUGAGGAAACGGAAUGGAGGAGAUAUUAAUCCAGACCAACCGACAAAAGAUUGCACACAGUUAAAUUGUGCGCCAACGAAUUUGACUUCGUUAGAUUGGUCACUGCCGCAUCUACAACCAUUACCACAACUAACACCAACGUCAUGUUGGUUAUCACCGCAGCCACCAUCAAAUUUGGAAUUGCCGCAAUUGCCACAAGCUGUGUCGAAAGACAAUUGGUCGUUUAAUAAGUUAACAUCCACCAUCGUUUCAGAUAAAUCUCUGAUCGCGUGUCCAUCAUGUAGCUUCAUGAAUGGCUCGUUUUUGAUUAGAUGCUUGAUGUGCGAUGCAAACUUAGAACCCCUCAAUCUCAAUAAUACCGGGGAGUUUUUGUAUGAUGGUGUGGAGAUACAAUGUUCCUCAUGUUGCUCAUUCAAUGAUCCUAGAAAUGACCAGUGUAAAAUAUGUUCCACUUCACUCAAAUUAAUACCGACUUUGUCAGAAUUUACGUCACCCUCAAAGAAUUUAGAUAGUGAAACACCCGAUCUCAUAAUUAUGACAAAAUGUCUUUUUUGUGCUUGUCUCAAUGAUUCGCGAUACAAACGAUGUGAAUUUUGUUUCAAUAAUUUAUCUCAACCACUUGAUAGUCAACAGCAAAACGACUGUAAUACUGCUUCUACUGUAAAAGGAGGUGCGCCAGUAACGGGCGUCAACAUUGUCGAAGAACAGGCUUCUGUUCCAAGAUCACCGAGUUCAAGGAAAAAACGUAGUAUCAAAACGCAAAUGAUAGUUCUUUCCGAACCAAGUCAAGAAUAUAUAGCUAUUAAACAGUUAUUUUCUAAUGGACUUCCGCGAUCUAGAAUUCUCGCAAUUAUUCGUCUUCAGAUGCCAAAUAAAUUGGUGGCGGCUCAUGAGAAUUAUAAAAAAGAGAUAGCAUUACAAUGCGCAUCUCCAACACAAAAUAAUACUUACCGAAUGUUUCAUGGUACCAAAGUGUCAUGCGAUCCUCAAAGAUUUAUUGACGGAAAUAUUUCAUUUUGUAAGACCGGAUGUGGGUUAUGUGGAAUUGCACAGUCGGGAAACCAAAGGAGAUAUUCCCGGUUUAAUGGAAGGAUGUGGUUUGCAAAUAGUUCCCAAAUUUCUUUGGGAUACUGCAGAAGCUUUAAUAAAUACGCUCGCUUCUUCAAAAACGUAAUGGGUAUGUUUGUUGUAGAUGUCGUAUCUUCCACUCCUGGGAACAUUAUAAUUGUAGAUAAAAACAAGGCGAGCUACGCUUCCAAGAUACCUAAUAUUAUUCGAGUUAGUGCAUAA